AGCUCCAGCCAGAGAAACUGCAGAAACCCAGCUUCUUGGAUUAUUGUUGCAUUUUACACCGGAUAGGUGAGAGAGUUUUGUUUUGUUUUGUUUUUUUCAUCCUAAAAACAGACAGGAGCGUUCUUCCUUCAGAAGUUCAGAGGAAAUGGAGGAGGACAAUAACGCUGACCUCAUGGAACCAGACUCCACUGAUUCCUCCUCCAGUAACAGGACAGUUACAAAACAGGAGUGUGAGAAUUAUGAUCAGUAUAUCCUGGGGGUCAGUCUGCUUCCUGCUGUGAUAAUUAUCAUACUGCUGUCAUUCGUACAGAAGAGAAAGAAGAUUUAUUCCUUUGAGAGGAGAUUUCUGUGUCUGCGCGGCCGAUUCGGUGUCGUGGUACCCGUGGACUUCACCAGCACUCUGGAGAAUCGAUGGUCCUACGCUUUUGCUUUCGGUGCCGUGACUCACCACAUGGUGAACCUGAUCAUCGGCAUCAGCAACCCGCUUCCGUUCACACUACCGUACACGCUGUCUUAUCUCAAAGUGUUUGUGUAUAUGACUGCUGCACUGAAGGUGGGUGUGGCCUGCAUGCCUUUAUUCUCCUGCCUUUCAACACCACACCAGUUACUGGGAGGAGUCUUGGGCCUGCUGUAUUCACUCUUCUGGUUCACUAUGAGCACGUAUGAGUUAGUGUGGUGCAGUGAUUCGACAGUAAAUAAAGGAGGAUUGAGAGAUUAUGUCCUGGUGCACGAGUGGUUGUUGGACCUCCCACAUUUACUGUGUCUGGGCUUCCUGGUGUGUCGCUUUGGGUUCCAGAUAGUGAAAGACGUUCUAAUCCGUCUGAAGAAACACAACAAACAGGAAGACGUACAGAAGGAACAGUACAAGUACGUACAGAGAUUACUGAAGCGGCCAGCUGAAAGGUCUGUGGAGAAGAGCUGGUUCCAGAGGAAAGUGUAUGAGUGGGAUCCGUAUUUUAAAUUCCCAAACAGGAUCAUCGCCACCGUUGUGCUCUCCUUCUUCAGUUUGUACCUGAUGGUGCUGAUUGAGCAGGUCUUGACUUCAUUUGCUUUCAGUCUGCUGGACGGCAUGUGGGACGGAUUUCUCUUUCUGUUCGACCAAUCAGAUUUCAUCUAUCACCUGAACUAUUUUAAAUACACCUGGUACGUCUCGGCAGCCUGCGCCACCUUCUCGUCCGUGAUCCACAUCGGCCGCGUAUUGGUGUGUUACAGGAAGCACAUUAAAUCUAUGUGGACUGGAAAAAAAACCUAUUUACCCAGGAAGUACAAACCCAGUCCUACGGCUAGUUUAGGCGGCCUGCUGAAGUACCCCAGCUACCAGAUCGCCUUCACUCUGUGGGGUUACCUGAUCACGCACUUGGCAAUGUUUGUGGGCGGCUUGGUGUUUGUGUACAUGGUUAUAUCUCCGAUCCGGACAAACGGAUUCCUCCCCUGGCUGACUGACCUGAUCAUCGUUCUAGCGAAUUUCUUCGUGGUGCUAGCAGUGAUGGGACUCCAGCGCAUGUUCCUCCACAUAUUUUUCCUGCAAGAUAAAAACUCACCAACGGAUAAAGACAAACCUUUAGCCCUCAAUAACAGGAAGGUCUUCAACAACGUGAACUACUUCCUGUUCUUCUUUAACCUGAUCCUCGGUUUGAUGAGCUGCAUGAUGCGCUUAAUGAAAAGCAGCGCCGUGGGGUUGAUGCUGCUGUCAUGUAUCGAGCGAGCCAUAAUGCCGCAGGGCUUCGAGACGCUGGACAAGAGUUACUGCACCUGGGUGGGUAUGAUCAUAACGGAUCAUCAUCACAGUAAUCCGGUCCUGCUGACCUUCUGUCACCUGAUGCUGCAUCACACACUGCGUCAUGUCCGAGUGGAUGAGACAUCCCUCAUAAAACCAGAGCGUCCCGGGAGAGAGAGAGCUCGCACCCGCUGGUUCCUCAUGUACACGCUGGUGAGGAACCCCAAACUCAUCCUGAUGAGAAAGCAAGCAGAGCAGAGCAAGACAGACUCCGCGUUUGCCUUCGCCUGGGCUGUCUCAAACACCCCAUGACCACAGCGCUGGACAUCACACAGAGAAACCUCUCAUUAAUCACACACUCUGUUCAUCUCUCUCAGGAGCAGCAUCAGCAGGAAUCUUCAGCAUUCAGGAAGAUUUCAGGGAGUAUUUUUAUAUAAAUGAGUGGUUUAGUCAGUGUGUGUGUGUGUGUGUGUGUGAACAGCGAGGUCCUAAUGUGUCUCUACACCCUUAUCUCUGAGACUCCUGGAUCUGAUCUUGUUAUAUUUUAGUGUUUAUAGUUUAUUUGAUGAUGAUUUCACUGUUCCUGGUCUGAGCUGAUGUCCAGUUUUGUGGGUCAGUAUUAAGACAGAACUAGCACUGAGAUAAAAGACACUGACCUCAUGUUUCUCACAGAAAUCACUGCUGAGGGUUUCACAUUAAAGAAGGACGUUUCUGUGAAAGGUUUAUGAUCAUAAGCUGAAGGAUUUCCUCUUUUUAGAAAAAUAAACUUCAGAAGCAUGUCAGAGAUUGUGACAGAAAAUACUGUGCAACCAUAUCGUGCAAUACCAUGAAGCAACAUUCUGUACAGACACAUAUACACACACAUGCACACACACUACACACACACCUUACACACACACACACACACAUAUAUAUAUACAUGUGCACACACAUAUACAUGUGCACACACACACUACACACACACCUUACACACACACACACACAUAUAUAUAUAUACAUGUGCACACACACACAUAUACACACAUACAUACGCACACAUAUACAUGUGCACACACACACUACACACACACCUUACACACACACACAUAUACACACAUACAUACGCACACAUAUACAUGUGCACACACACACUACACACACACCUUACACACACACACACAUAUAUAUACACAUGUGCACACACACACAUAUACACACUACACACAUACAUACGUACACAUAUACAUGUGCACACACACUACACACACACACACACACACACAUAUAUAUACACACUACACACAUACAUAUAUAUAUACACAUGUGCACACACAUAUACAUGUGCACGCACACACACACACACAUAUACACACAUACAUACGCACACAUAUACAUGUGCACACACACACAUACACACUACACACAUACAUACUCACACAUAUACAUGUGCACACACACACUACACACAAACCUUACACACACACACAUAUAUAUAUACAUGUGCACACGCACACUACACACAAACCUUACACACACACACACAUAUAUAUAUACAUGUGCACACACACACACAUAUACACACAUACAUACUCACACAUAUACAUGUGCACACACACACAUAUACACA